UUCGUUCAGCCUAUACCAAUUGUCAACCCACUCGCGAGCACCGGUUGCCCUGGUCCAAUGGAGGACGCUAAUUACGAUCCGGUGUCGCUGAACGCGCCCUCGGGGCCUGCGGCGGAGGAGGAGGACCGGACGGACGGCGGCGUCGCCUCGCGAGUGUCCCAGCUGGGGCCGUGCCAUGUGUUCCCUUUCCUCAGCGUCAUAAUCUACGUGUUUGACGUUGCCACUGAUAUCGGGUUCGUCGUCAUCCUGUUCCAGCACGCCCGCGAGUGGGGCGUCGUGCAUGCAGGCCUCAACCUCAAUGCUUGGGCGGGAAUACUCAUCAUACUCCGGAUCGCCUGCGGUAUUCUGGUCAAUCUUUUUGCCACUUUGGAAAGGAUCGAUGCUGAGAAACUUGAUCAUCUGACGAAGUUGGCGCUCUUCCUGCUGUGCCUGCUGCCUGACCACCAGCUCCUCACAGCUAUGUGGUGGCACCUGGGCGUGGGCAUGCGGCAAGCAAGGUCCGUUUCGGUGUUGGAGUGGGCGGGGUUUACGCGUCUGCUGCAUGGCAUGGUGGUGACAGUGCCUCAGGCGAUAUUCCAGACUUACUACUUGGUGACCAUUCGCUUUUAUCUGCCGGGAGUCCCGACGGCUUUCCCGAGCAUCAGCAUAACCACGUCCGUGCUGAGCGCCGCGCUGGGUUUUCACCUUCCACGUUGUCCUACAAGUUUAUGACUCGCAAAGGGAUUACCCGGAUGCACUCAAAUCAGCCCUGCUCGCCCUCGCCUCCUUCGUCGUUAUCGGCGGCCGCAGUCUCACCGUGGCCCUGGUAGCCUUCGCCUACUGGCCGUGGUUCAGCCUACUGUGCCUUCUGCUGAUAUGGCUGUCGCUGCUGGUGGUGUGGACGGUGAGGGUGCGUCUGGCGGGCGGCAAUCCCAGGGAGUCGGCCGGCGUGCGUUGCCUGAUGGCCGCCGUCGAAAUCCUCGUCUCGGCCGCGAGCUGGAAGUGGUACCUCACCAUGACUCUGACCUUCGUCUUCCUCAGCGUCGCCUUCUUCAUCCAGGGCUACACCCAGGCUUACCAGGCGGUCCUGUUCGGCGUGGCCAUGGGCGCGCACCUGCUCGGCUUCCUCCUCCUGCUGGCCUCGAGGGGCGUCCACGAGAAGGCCUUCUACGAGACGCUCCAGAUAAGGAGAACAGCCGGGGACGGUUAGGCAAGCGCUCGCGAAGGCCAUUUGCUGAAGAGGCAUGUGCUGGAAUGAU